UUAUACCUAUUCAUUUUUGUCUUUAUUUUUUCUAUUGGGUGCAGCGAACAUAAAUAUAUUUUUUAUAAAAAGUGAACAAAAUUGAGGUGCUUCCAUUUUGACUUAAUUUUUAUUAAAAAUAUUUGGUAAUAUGAAAACAAUGUAAAGGUGCAUCAGCAGGAGCGCUUCCCGAAAAAUGUAUAUUAUCGUCCACCGAAAAAAGGUCGCCGUGUUCCUCGCGUGUGCAGUUUUGGCAACCCUUCUUUUGGUCGACAUUCACGUUCGGGAGAUCGCCUCCAGAGUCUACCGUUACGUUUACCAAAAGACUGAAAUCUACUGCUACAGGAUCAAAACCAAUUCACUACCGGACAUAUCCGACGUAACACCCAAGAAAGGAAAGUCGAUUUUCUUCCACGAGACGUCCUGCAAUUCAUAUCUCAAUGGGAAGAUAACAAUAGGUGCCCGCCAGGCCUGUGCGGUGGAAAGCGCGGCUCGUAUGAAUCCUAAUUUCGACGUCUACUUACUAUACGCCUCGCCCGGCCAAUUUUUGUUUGAAGGCACCCAGUCGGAUAGACUGCUAAAGGCGUUGAUGUCGUACGAAAACGUCAACAUUCUGCACCUGGAUUACGGGAAGUACACGAGGGGAACCCCGGUGGAAGAACUGUACCGGAAAGGGUUGAUCGAAAAUUCCUAUUACGCUCUUUCUCACGCCAGCGACGUUCUGAGGUACUUAACCUUGUGGAAGUACGGGGGGAUUUACCUGGACCUGGACGUCAUAGUAAUAAAAAGUUUAGAAGACCUCCCCCUCAAUUUUGCAGGGUCCGAAUCCGAAAGAAACGUGGCGGCCGGCGUCAUGGGCUUCGCGCCCAACGGCAUCGGACACCACUUGGCCAGGACCUGCCUCUACGACCUCAAGGAUAAUUUCGACGGCCACAACUGGGGCCAUAACGGUCCGGGGGUCAUAACAAGGUUGACGAAAUUCCUCUGCGGUACGGACAAAGUCAAAGAGAUGGCCGGCAGGGACUGCAAGGGUUUCACGGUGUACCCCACAGACGCAUUCUACGCGGUGCCGUGGUGGAAUUGGAAGAUGUACUUCGACGAGGACCUGGCGGAGAACGUGUUCAACGUAUCCGCCAACAGCUACGUGGUACACGUGUGGAACAAGCACAGUGAGCAAUCAAAGGUACCCAUAUCGUCUCAAAUGCCAUAUAUCUUGUACGCCAAACGGCACUGUCCCAAGGUGGUGCGGGAGUGCCACGAGUACUUUUAAUAUUUUUCAACUGUUGAAAAAAAACUCUUCGGGAGGUGUACAUAUUUUGUUGUUACGUCUGUUGGGUGAUAUGAAAGGUCCAACUAUCCCUUAGAAGUCCUUUUUUCAAACACGUAGUUUUAUCAUAUGUGGUUUUAUCAUAUCAAUAUAGUAAUAUCUGUGAUUUUACAUAUUUUUCAAAACUUUUGCGAAUAUUUUACGUCAGCCCUUUUUUGGACAUAUUUUUCUGAACAUAUUUUACGCUCCUGUUUAGCGAGUGGAGGAUAGAAAACACACACAGAAUAUUUUCAAUUCGUGAUAUUCAACGUUAAGAUGUUUAUUUUUUCAGUGUUAGACGUGGAACAAUCCAUGAUAGUGGAGUAAUAAAUAUAAUGUUACUAUUAUUGUUAUUUUAGGGGGGGUGUCAUUUAAGUAAGAGUUUUCCUUUUAACGCAACUUAGGGUUCCAUAAAAAAGCAAAUUUGUCACGUACUAAAAUAUCAGUCCUAACAAAAAUAAAAAACUAACAACUUAAUAUGUGGCUAGAAAAGUUUGGAUCUGCCUAAAGAUGUAAACAUUGUCAACUAUCACUCACAAUCAGUGUAUCCACCAAGAAUUAUUUCUACAACAUUUGCAAGCGUUAGCGUAAUUCUUCCACUGACUUCACAGUGGCGGCUCGUCGUAUGAAGCAACUGAGACCGGGACUCACUGUAAAAUUUGGCUCUCACACCGUAUAUUUUGAUACCUACUAUUCUACCAUUAACCUACAUAAACAAUUAGGUAAACUAAUUUCCAGUUGCCUAUUACA